AGAGGAGAGCAUCCGACAGAGUGAACAAAGUUGUUGUUGUUGUUUUUUUUACAGUUGUCUGGCGGGAAAUCUUGAGAUUUCCGCGCUGGGCUAAGCGCAACGCCUCCGCGUUGGACACACUGGCACAGGAAAAGGCCGGACAACCGACGAACACUGGCGCAAGGCGGCGAACUCCUGCAGCGCCAGUGAGCAGCGGUGCAUUGUGGGUAGCCUGUGUGUGUGUGUUUCCUUGAAGACUUGACAGCCAGCUGCCGCGGGGAAGUUUUCACAUAGUUUUGAUAGUUAGUGUCUGUAUCCAGUGCCAAUAGAUGUUGACUUAGUGGACGCACGUUUGUUUGUUUGUUUGAGCGCCGUCGUGUGAAUCGAUCCCGGUUGGUGACGGUGAUAGUUAUCAUUAAAUAGCAAAAAAACAAACAAACUCCGCAAUGAGUUUGAGCGAGCACUCCUUGCAGGCGCUGUCGUGGAGGAAACUGUACUUGAGUCGAGCCAAGUUGAAAGCCACCAGUCGGACGUCAGCGCUGCUGUCGGGCUUCGCCAUGGUUGCAAUGGUGGAGGUUCAGCUGGAGCGGGAUCAUAAUUAUCCUCCAGGGCUGCUCAUAGCCUUCAGUGCCUGCACCACAGUUCUGGUUGCCGUACACCUCUUUGCCCUCAUGAUCAGCACCUGCAUCCUGCCCAAUCUCGAGGCCGUCAGCAACGUUCACAACCUCAACUCUGUCCACGAGUCUCCCCACGAGCGCAUGCACCACCACAUAGAACUGGCCUGGGCUUUCUCGACAGUCAUUGGCACCCUCCUCUUCCUGACAGAGGUGAUGCUCUUGUGCUGGGUGAAGUUCUUACCGCUCAAAAGCAAAACCGAAGAAAACAACGGCACCAUAAGUUCCGGCGAGGCGGCUGCCAUCGCUUCAACUUGCAUCAUGGUGCCGUUUGGAAUUGUUUUUAUUGUGUUCGCUGUCCACUUUUACCGCACACUCGUUAGUCACAAGACGGAUCGGCAGAUCCGAGAGCUGGAGCAGGUCAUCCGGCUCCAGAACCAGCUGGACCACAGGGUCGAGAAUGACGACCUGAAGGCAACUGUUCAUUUCCCUUGAUUAUAGCCAAUCAACAUCUAACACUCAACAGUGCCUUUAUUGUGAAAUCUCCUCUUAAAGCUUUAUAUAUAAUGUUUAUGAACUGUGCUCAGAUGCCUCUUCUGAUUAUCGCGAGCCUUAUCUGUCGAUCGUUGCAGGUUUUCGACUUGGACAAUGCAUGCUCACAAACUUCUACACGUUGCGUAUAUAAGGAAAAUAGUUUAACUUGAAAGUAAAUAAAUUGCCCCCAUGUGCUUACAAUUCAGUGGCUUGCUGAAUGACAUAUUUCAUAUGACUUGUUACUGAUUUGAUAAGAAAAGGGUACUGUAUAGUAAUGAAUAUGAAGUUGCUGUUUAGCUGUAAACAACACUGGAGAACAUCAUUUAAUUUCAACACAACUGUAAACUCUGGGUCGAAUAUGAAGGUCCACAUCUGAUCCAAGCUAUAGCAGUAAUCUUAAAGAUGCACCCCCCCCCCCAAUGAUUCUUAAAGGAUAAGCAUUCUAAUGGAUGAGAAUGUCAUUUAUAUGAGAAUCACUGUCUGGUGGCUUCAAAACCAAAAUCCUAGAAGAAAUUGCAUAAUUUUGAAAUAUUUACUAAUCCAUAGGGGUUUUGUUUUGUUUGGUUGAUAAACGCAUACAUUUUUACCCUGACUGAACUGAAUGGUUGCUUGUAGGAACUUGUUUAUUUUGCCCUAGUUACCAGUUUUAGGUUGUGUCAAAUGUUUGCUCCUUUCCUAUUCCCUUAUCAAGUUUUGAACAUUUUGAAUUUUACUAUUUGCAUAAGUCUCUUUUGAGGAACUCCUAGAAUAACAUACAAACAUAGACAUUGUUAAAUACAUAUAUAUAAUAUAAUAUAUAAAAAGAAUAUAUGAAUGUCAGCAUCCACCAGUAUUUAUGUGCAAUCUGAGGCAACAGGAACAUAGAAAGAAGUGCUGGUCCGGAAAAAGCUUUUGUCAUUUUUAAAAAUUUCUUUUGCAAUGGUUGGAGGUGGGAAUCUGAGUGAAUAUCUAAGGGUAGCCUUUAGAGUCUCUUUCUUCAUUCAGGGGAUCCAUGCUCUUGUUCAGUCAAUCUUGUGUAAACAUUUAGUUCCUGUUUUGAAAAAUUGUUGUUACAAAUAUUAUUACGCAGGAUGCACAUAUUGGACUCAUUCGGUAUAAAUGUGUGUUUUGUAUGUAUCAUAGUUUACAAGCUUGAGCACGUUGACACAUUGUCUAGGUUGAAAGUGUGGAGUAUAAUGGGUUGUUUUAUUUUUGUCCUGUGGCACAUAGUUGAAUUGUUAAUUUUCUCUACAUUGUGUUUUUUUUGUUUUUAUUGGUGCAAAAACUCAUGAGCACUUUUAGAGCACCAUGGCAAUUUAUUGUUAUCAGUUACACUGUUUUGGCAAAACUUUCAUAUUGGCAUAUCAUAUCCCCAAAUGUGCUUCCCAUAAUAUGCAGAAUUGGCAAAAAUAUUUGCAGUGAGAUUUUGAACAGGAAUAUAUCGAUUCUUUAUUUAGGCUUUUGGUCAACAAACGGUACCAACCCUUUUUAUGUGAAAAUGUGAGUUUGCAUUUUGUCAUGUGAUUUUUUAAAUUCUUAACUGUAUAAUAUACAGUUUAAUAUACUGUAUUCAUACCAAGGUAAUGCUGUGGUCAUUAGUGCAAUAUCAGUUUUGUCUUAGUUACCCACUUAUUGCUGGUGUAGACCUAAAGCUCCCUAAAUGUUCAUUGGAACUGUCCUGAGCACAUAUAAUGAUAUGGUAUAACACUGUGUCAGUGGGGCACGCAGCAGAGAACGUGUGUCCACAAGGGGUUUGUAACUUACAGGGUUUCUUUAAGACUUAAAAAAAAAAAGAAGAUACGUUUAUGCCGAUCGACACUGGGACACUUCUGAUAAAAGUCUUCCACAUGUGCCUUCUAUGCAAACAGAUCAAUGCUUCUUUGUUUCACUUGUGUGGUUUAUUUAUUUAAUCAAGUGUAUGUUACUGUACAUAGAGAGGUUGCUGCUUGUCUGAAUGCAUGGCUUUAAAGCGAAAUAUCAGCCCAAACUGUAUUUUUAAGCUUUAGCAGCUCAAGAAGCUGCCGCUUUUCACCCUGUUAAGAUUCUCUGGGACUUUUGUUUUCAGUUUGAAUAAAACACAUUUGAGAUGAUA